UCUUCCACGUUGCAAUUGGCAAAAGGAGGAUUGAUCAGUAGGAAAUCACAGAUGUCCUCUGCCUAACGACCUUCAAGCACCUGAUAAAAACAGAGAUGAUGAUGAAAUUCAUAUGCUCUGCCAAAUUCAAUGAGAAAGGAAGAACCUGCUGCACCUAGGGCAAGGACCAGUCUACUGUAAUAUUAUACAAUUUCUCAAAAAUCCUUCAUGUGAAGGCAAACAAAAGCAGCGAGUAGCUGUGCAUUUGCUCCCUGGUCGCGGCCGUGUGCGUCAGUCAUGCAGUUAGCAUGCCCCUCAGUCGGAGCUGACAAGGCAUGUGCUAAGUGAGCCUGACAUCACAAGAUCAGAUUCCUCAAAGUGUUGGUGGAUACAAGAGUUGUAUCUCAGAAGAUGUGCCAGGACGAGCACAACAUUUUGACAGGAAAGAAAGCACAGGAAUUUCAGCUGGGCUGCUAUUGGGAAGUACUGGAAGACCAUCGUGAGCCCAGAUUUCCAAAUAAAAGAUGCUUACCUGCAAAGGAGGAGCUUCUAGAGGGCUACCUAUUAAAUAAGUCAAAUUACAUGAUGAUUGAAGAUAAUAAAGAGAAUGAAGACCAUGCAUCUGAAAGAGGAAGAACAGCCAUCAUUUUUUCCUUGAAGAACGAAGUCGGAGGACUUGUAAAAGCGUUAAAACUCUUUCAGGAGAAGCAUGUAAAUCUAGUACACAUUGAGUCACGGAAGUCCAAGAGACGGAAUUCUGAGUUUGAGAUCUUUGUGGACUGUGACAGUAACAGGGAACAACUGAAUGAGAUCCUCCAGCUCCUGAAAUCUCAUGUCAACAUUGUCUCUAUGAACCCGACAGAGCAUUUCAAUGUCCAGGAAGAUGACAUGGAGAAUGUUCCCUGGUUUCCGAAGAAGAUCUCAGAUUUGGAUAAGUGUGCAAACCGAGUGCUGAUGUACGGGUCCGAUUUGGAUGCUGACCAUCCAGGUUUCAAAGACAAUGUCUAUCGCAAGAGGCGAAAGUAUUUUGCAGACCUGGCUAUGAACUACAAACAUGGUGACCCAAUUCCCAAGAUUGAAUUCACUGAGGAGGAGGUCAAGACUUGGGGGAUUGUGUACCGAGAGCUUAACAAGCUUUACCCAACUCAUGCCUGCAGAGAGUACCUUAAAAACUUACCCUUGCUCACCAAAUACUGUGGGUACAGGGAAGACAAUAUCCCCCAGCUGGAAGAUGUGUCCCGCUUCCUGAAAGAGCGCACAGGUUUCACCAUUCGCCCUGUUGCUGGCUAUCUGUCGCCCAGAGACUUCUUGGCAGGAUUAGCAUUCAGAGUUUUUCACUGCACUCAGUAUGUUAGGCACAGCUCGGACCCUCUCUAUACACCAGAGCCGGAUACCUGCCAUGAACUCCUAGGCCACGUCCCUCUUUUGGCUGAACCCAGUUUUGCUCAGUUCUCCCAGGAAAUUGGUCUUGCAUCACUUGGGGCAUCAGAUGAGGCUGUUCAAAAACUGGCAACAUGCUACUUCUUUACUGUAGAGUUUGGCUUGUGCAAGCAAGAGGGACAGCUACGAGUUUAUGGGGCUGGCUUGCUCUCUUCGAUUAGUGAGCUCAAGCAUUCGCUCUCUGGCAAUGCCAAAGUCAAGCCUUUUGAUCCAAAGGUCACCUGCAAGCAAGAAUGCCUCAUUACAACUUUCCAGGAAGUUUACUUUGUUUCUGAAAGUUUUGAAGAAGCAAAGGAAAAGAUGAGAGAGUUUGCAAAAACCAUCAAGCGCCCAUUUGGCGUGAAGUACAAUCCAUAUACUCAAAGUGUGCAGAUCCUGAAAGACACGAAGAGCAUUGCCAGCGUGGUGAAUGAGCUGCGUCAUGAGCUGGACAUUGUCAGCGAUGCCCUCAGCAAGAUGGGCAAGCAGCUGGAAGUUUAACAUCCCUGUCAGCAGCGUGGUGCACUUGGCAACUCUUUUCCCUUAUGUUUUUUUUCUAGGCAUGUAAUGUGUUGUAUGCAGAACUCUCUCCUUUACAAAUGGAAGAGUGAAUGGCCCAUAAGGAUAACAACUUUACCUUGUUUCUCUGUGUAAAGUCCCUUACAGAAUGAAUUCCUCCACCCCCCUUGGAUAAAAAAGGCCUGGAGUUGCUGUUGAGAAGCUAAUGGGGGAGCAGAGAUAUUGCUAGACUGGAGCAAAAGUGUGGUCUGUGGAUCAGGGCUGGGAUGAGACGCUGAAGAAGGUGGCUUAUUAGGCAAUAACGGAAUAAUUCGCCACAGAGAAAUGUCUGUUUCUGACUCUAGUAGUCUAUUUUCUGGCACUGCAGGCUUUAUAGUGUAGAAGCUAUAGUAUUCAGUAGCUUCUAAGUCUGUUCUACUAGGUUUAAAACUUGGAUGAUUACAAUGCAGACAUCAGGACACAAAUAGCUGAAGGUUCACCAUGAUAAAAUUGAGGGCUCAAAUCUUGCUUUCAAAGGGAUCAUUCUUGUUCCCAAAGAAUUGCAAAUGUGGUUUGGCAUGCUUCUAGUGUAAGGCACAGAUACAGAGCUGUCGCAUGAAAUCCUGAUGCUGUUUGUUUUGGGAGAUUUGCUGUUGGCUCAGGGAUUCAGGAUUUUUGUUGCCAUCCUUGAUACGGCACCUGAGGGAAGACGUUUCCUUACAGAAAUACCAUUUGUCUUUAUCCCGAUUGAAUUAAUUUAGCAAACCAUCAGGUACUGACUUAGCACAAAGUCUAAAAUAAUUUCCAAAUUACAAUUUAAUAUUCCAAAUUGUUUCCUCUGUUCUAAAAUAAUGCCACCAAAGUUUAAAAUAACAGCCAAAGUUCAUAGUCCAGUCUGCUUUUUGUAAGAAUAAGUAUGUUAUUGAUUACUUGGUCACUAUUCACCUACAGAAUGUAAGUUUGUGCAGCUUGUGCUUCUUCUUUACUAGUGCUGAACACCUUAAUUCCCUAUGAAGCAAAUUAUAUCUGAAAGGCCCAAGCAUUUCAUAGGAAUUCUCUGGCUGAGUGCAACAAACUACCUUGUAGCGUAAAGUGUAUUUAAUUCUAAAGAGCACUUUACAAGUGGUGGGAAGCAGUGUCCUGCUGAAUUGUUUGUGUCAUGUAGCAGCAAACUUCCCGGGUUUCAGGGUUCCAUCAUCUCAGCAUCCUGCAUAGCUGUACAAAGCUGUGCCGGCUGCUCUUUCUGCCAGCCCUGGCAAUGAAAUGAAUAUGUGCAUGGGCUGUGACACAUUGGAAUGGAAGGUCUGUGAUGUGCCAGGCGUAUUUAAUAGCAUGCUAGGCGCUGAUUCUUCAUAGGCAGAGUUUAUCAGGAAAUCCAGAGUUUGCAGCUGAGAAGGUCUCUGGACAAACAGACCGAAAUCUUAAAUACACUGGAGAUGCUAUUCCCGGAUUUUGAGAAUUUGAAGGGACUUUCAUGAACCUCUGUGCUUGAAAAUAAGUUUGCGCUUCAUCUGCUUUCUGGUAGGCCACAUCUGUUCCAUAAGCAAUCACUGGCCCAGUCUUUCCAAUAUAUUUACUGUUUAAACCAAGCCUAGGUACGUUUUUUUUCUGUGACUAUUAACCCACUAGAACUCUUUUUUCUUUCUUUUUUUUUUU